AGCUCCGUAUCGUGCCCACGACGCCCACACUCAUCGGCCGGAGCAUCAAUCGAUCCCCACGGACAGCAUCGCCCGUGCCGCUGCAGGAGAUGUUUGCGGUAGCAAAGUGGCCUGCUCGUCCUUUGCCCACACACGUCGAGACAUCGACGAGCCCUUUGCCCACUCUUUACGAUGGAGAGGCCAAAGGAUGGGGGGUCACCCGCUCCCCACCAUCUCAACCUCGCUUUCCCUCUCCCCACCACAUCCCACCAAUACCAUGCGCUACCGACUCCCCUUCCUUACUUGUAUCGCCUUCGUCCUCAUCUCGCUCCUAGUGAGCCAGGUGGGCGGCGCUCCCACCCCCGCUCCUGCCAACGCCAAUGCCAAUGCCAAUCUCAACUUGCCUGCAACGCGCAGCGACCAUCUUAAGUCCAAGAUGCACCUCGUCGCCCGCGAGGCCUGCCACCACUGGUCCUGUCCCAUCCCCGGCAAUGGCCAAGGAUGCCGCUGCAUCGAUCCUGGCAUGCUUCGCGAUCUCCCCGCCAUCGACAUCUCCGAACUUGUAGCCAAGAGUAACAUCGUCGCUCGCUGCCAAUUUUACAUCUGCAAAGACCCUGUUAGGAAGACUGGCUGCUUCUGUGGCAGCCCUCCGACGCCUCGUGCACUCGACAGUGGUACUCAGGGUCACCUCGUACCUGGAAGCGAAGCCAUCGCCCGCAUCCCUAGCGGCAUCGGCGGUACGGGUUGCACCAAUUGGGUGUGCCCAGAGCCCGGCAGCUGCUAUUGCAAUGACCACGCCACGCCUCGCGCUCUCCACAGCGAGGAAGGGGCCGACCUCGUGGCCAGGGAAGGAGAGAAGCCCAAGCCUCCCGAAAACUCGACUGGAGGCUGCAAGAACUACGUCUGCGCAGAUCCGGUCAAAAAGAGAGGCUGUCGCUGCGCCGACCCUGGCACGUCUCGCGGACUCCACGCUGGGCUCAUUGCCGUCGACAAUGCGGACCUUGUCGCCAAAGCCGAGCUACACGAGAAUCACAAGGGAGGCAAGGAGCAGACCCACGUCUGCCGCACUUGGGCCUGCUCGGACCCCAAUAACAAGUCCAGCUGUCGCUGCAUCGACCGUGGCUUGACGGACCGCGCCCUGGACCAAAAUCUCAAUGUCCCUCGCGGCGAGAGCAGCAGGCCCUGCAACAACUACGUCUGUACCGACCCAAAGAAUCCCAGCAGCUGCUACUGUAAGGAACGCGGCCUGAGCGGGCGCGACCUCGACCUCGAACGCUCCACGCGAAACCACCUCGACGCCUCUGAGGUUGCUCGCGGCCAGCAGGGCAAGAACAAGCCCAAGCCCAAGACGAAGCCCAAGCCCUGCAGCAAGUACGUCUGCACCAACCCGUACGACUUCCAAAGCUGCUAUUGCAGGAAGGAGGACUUAGACGAGCGCGACCUCGCUCCGCCCACAGCCGAUCAGUUCUUCACGCUCGGAGCGCGCUGCACCACAUACACGUGCUCGGAUCCCAAGAAGCCCAGCUCGUGCUACUGCCGAGGAGGUCCUCACCCUCCGGAGGAAAGAGCUGCGGGCAAUCUCGCUCGGAGCUCGCUCAACGUUGAGGAACGCACGUCAUGCAAGCAUUGGGUUUGCAAGAUUCCUGACAAGCCGAGCACCUGCAGCUGCAAAGACCACGAUGAGAGAGACGAACUUUCCACGCACGCGAUCGGCACCACAUUCUCCCCUCGCGAGACGCACAUCCUCGAGAAGAAGACCAAGUGCAAGCCCAAAUGCCAAAAGCUGAGAGGCGGUGGGACUGGCUGCUACUGCCGUGACCCUCCGACUGCUCGCGACGACACGACCGAUGCGUACGCCGUCCAGAUCCUCAAGCGUGCGGUCGAGGGCUUUACUCUCGACAAGAAGACCAAAUGCAAAACCAAGUGCCAGAAGCUCAAAGGCGGUGGGACGGGCUGCUAUUGUCGUGACCCGCCUAAUGAGCGUGACGAAAUCGACGUCGAGCGAGCGAUGGACGAGUUGGACAGCGUAGGCGGGGAGGAAGACGUCAUGCGCAACGUCGACCACCCCAAAUCCAUCGUCGCCUCACCCGCCAUGCUCGAGCGUGACCACUCUGCUAGAGCCGACCAGCAGAUCAUCCAGGAGGUCGAGGUGAGUGAACAGAGGCGUGUGGCCACGUAAAGUCGCUCACCACCGCCUCUCCCCUCUGACAGCGAGACGUCGACCUCACCGGCCUACGCCUCCUUGGCCGCGAGGCUGGCUCAUGUGGUCCCGAUUGUUGCACCAAUGUAGUUUGUACUGGUACGGGCGCAUCGCGAAAAUGCUACUGUGCGGAUCCUCCCAAACAGCGUGACGAGACGAGCGCGUCCAAGCGGGCCCUCGAGUCCCUCGACGCCAUCACCCCGCCCGUCGCACUCGAGCGCUCUCCUGACGGAGGGUGCACUCACAUCUACUGUACCG